AUGUAUUCAACACAGAACUACGAGCAGCCGCAGACGCAACCUGCUGGGCCGCCAUAUGCAAGUUAUGGCUACCAGGGUAACUAUCAGGGCAACUACCAAGGGCCUUAUCAAGGUGCGUAUCAAGGUCCUCCAGCUGGACACCCUCAGGGCCCUUACGGCGGGUAUGGGCAAGUAGGCAACAUGCCCCCACAUGCAGGAGGUCAGCCCCAAGCGGCCCAGCCGCCGCAGAAAGGUGCCCUUGGCUUCGCCAUGAACCCCGACUGGAGCCAGUACUUCUUUGCCGCGUCGUGCUCAAUAAUGCUUGGAGCCUUCAUUGGCGGACUCUGCCUUUUCUUUUCUUUCGAGCUAGUUGACUUUCUGGAAACCUGCUACAUCAUGCUUUUUGGGGGCGUCCUUGCCUUGAUGGACACCCCAUGCUUCAAAACCAUGAAGACAGUCAAGGAUCAUCGGGAGUACUUUUCCAAGUACAUCGGCAUCCUGACUCGAGUGACAGGCAAGGGCAUCGCAUUCCUUUUCCUGGGCUGCUCGCUGUUCUCCACCAUGUGGGACAAUCUGGAGAGCACCUUCAUGAAGUUCCUGGCUUUUGUCCUGUGUGUUCUACCAAUGCUCGUUGGCAUUGCGGCAUUGGUCAUCGGCUUCAUCAAGAGCCAGAAGCUCAACAAAGCUCGCGAAGCCUUAGCGAGCCAGAUAACUGACAGCAUCGGCACGCUGUACGACCAGUACGCUAGAACAUAUCCAGGGCUGCACGGUGGUCUGACCAUGGUGGAGUUUGGUGACCUGACCGACAAGCUUGCAGGCUUCAAGUGGGAAGAUACCGACCUCAAGCUGAUCUUUAAUGCUCUUGUCAGCAAUCCUGCCUGGAGGGCAAAUCCUACAGGUUUUGGUUCGCACGGUCAGCAGACGGUCGAUUUCGCCAGGAUCCCUCGCGAGGAUUUGCUUGGCUGGGUGAGAGGUGGUAUAGUGUGGCUGUGA